CAAUUGGCGUUUAAUCAUGAUAAGCAAUCUGAGUAAACUCCAUGCCAAAUUAGACCUGUGCAAUAAAUUUUUAAAAUGUACCUCUCUCAAAAAGUAGGCAUUAUAUAUAAUUGACCUUUUUAGGGUACUGAGUACUGACAAUUAUGGUGCAUUUAUGUAUCUAUGGUGAUUUUAUGUUUCAUUUUUGCCAGGCACGGUGAGGUUUAAUCUUGAUCCUUUCAAUGAACACAAUGAUGCUGACCUGUGGGAGGCUUUAGAGAGGGCACAUCUAAAGGAUGCCAUCAGGAGGAAUUCUUUGGGUUUGGAUGCACAGGUCUCAGAAGCUGGGGAGAACUUCAGUGUUGGACAGAGACAGUUGUUAAGUCUUGCUCGAGCAUUGCUUCGCAGAUCAAAAAUUCUUGUCCUCGAUGAAGCGACUGCUGCUGUUGAUGUUAGAACCGAUGCUCUUAUUCAGAAGACUAUAAGAGAAGAGUUCAAAUCGUGCACAAUGCUCAUUAUUGCUCACCGUUUAAAUACGAUUAUCGACUGCGACAGGAUUCUUCUGCUUGAUGCUGGUCAGGUCGUGGAAUAUGAUACUCCUGAAAUGCUGCUGCAAAAUGUAGAAAGUGCAUUCUCUAAGAUGGUUCAGAGCACGGGGGCUGCAAAUGCUGAGUACUUACGCAGCUUAGUACUUAGAGGGGAAGGUGAUAGCAAAUUAGAAAGAGGAAAACAAGUGGAUGGGCAAAGAAAAUGGCUCGCCUCGUCCAGAUGGGCUGCUGCUGCACAAUUUGCACUUGCUGUUAGCCUCACUUCAUCACAGAAUGACCUGUUGCAGUUGGAAAUUAAAGAUGGGGAUAGUAUCCUUAGGAAAACAAAGGAUGCUGUAAUAACACUUCAGGGGGUUUUGGAGGGGAAGCAUGACAAAGUGAUUGAAGAAAAUCUUGAUCAGUACCAGGUCCCCCGGGAUAGAUGGUGGUCAGCUCUAUACAGAAUGAUUGAAGGUCUUGCGGUCAUGAGUAGGCUGGCACGGAACAGGCUUCAUCAUGAGGACAACUUUGCAGAUCGAUCAAUUAAUUGGGAUGACGUCGAAAUGUAGGGGUAACUACGACACAUUUUGACUUAAUGGACUUGCAGUCUAACAGGGAGUUGUAACUUAAAUAAAGGCACCACCCUGAUUUAGAAGACAGUUAAUGCUGUCUAUUUUGCAGGCCACCAAACUUGGCGAGCCUGCUUCUGUUAAAUUGGGCACGGGAUUUUGAACUCCAUGACUGUUUCCGUAUGUAGGCUGGAUAGCUAUCUAAAAAGUUUUUACACAUUAAAUAGCUUGAAAGCAUGCUUGGACGUA